AUGACGGCCACAAUGAGCAGCGAGCAAGCGCUAGUGUCGGCGACGCGCGGGUUCGACGCGCUCUUCAGCAACGAGCUUGCGGAGGCGCGCGAUAUCUUCUCGUCUGAGCCCUCCGCAUUCCACCAGCUCGGCUUCGGCGUCUGCGCCUUUCUCGAAGCGGCGCUUGGGAUGGAGCAGGCAAGAAUGGGGGACGCGGGACGCUCCCUGGCAGCCGCGGAGAGCGGCGCGAAGAAGCAGAAGGGACUCGAGUGGGAGGUUCUGGCAGCGGACGCGGUGGUACUCGAGGGCUUGGUGCACGCACUCAGCGAAUCGUACAUGGGGUACGUCCAGUGCCUUUACUCCCUCAACUCAGCGCACUCGCGUUUCGCCAAGCUCUUCACCACCGUCUUCCCCAACGGCCUCGACGCCGCGCCCAACACGAUCGCGCGCAAGCCAUCCUCCGUCUUCCGAUGGGGCGCACAGAAGGAGGAGGCCCCCGCACCCCACACCCCAGCGGUGGACGAGAUGAUUGUGGCUGGUACCGCGUUCGGAUACGGCCUCUUCAACCUCGUCUUCUCCCUCCUCCCCAAGGGCGUCCAGGGCGUCGUCGGUCUCUUCGGCUACAAGCACGACCGCGCCCUCGCCCUCCGUGCUCUCAACUACGCCUCCGGACGCACGGACACCCAUGCUGUGUUCGCUGGCCUCGUCCUCAUGACCUACCACGGCGUCGUGCUACUUCUGGCUGGGUGGCAGGCUGACGAGGCCCGGCUCGUGCGCGAGUAUCAGGCCAUUGUCGACCGCACCACCCAGAAGUAUCCCGCCGGUGCGCUCUGGAUCCUCAACCACGCCAAGAUCCAGCGCAUGACAGGCCAGCCCGACGCCGCCAUUGCCACCCUCGAAGCAGGCCUCGCGCCAGGGCACAAGCACACCUUCCAGCAGGCUGACGCGCUUCUUGUGUUCGAGCUCGCCUGGACGCAGCUCGCCCUUCGCCGCUACGAAGACGCCGCCGCGUCCUUCAUUCGCAUGACCGAGCUGAACUCCUGGAGUCACGCCACCUACUAUUUCAUUGCUGCCGGCGCCCACCUCGCCGCCGCGCAUGAACAGGGCGUCACGACGGCGAUGGAUCGCGCCCAGGAGCUCCUUGACGCCAUUCCCGGCCUCAUCGAGCAGCGCAAGCUUACCGGGAAGGAUCUACCCACUGAAGUCUUCAUCAAGAAAAAGCUAGACUUCUACCGGAACAAGCAGCGCGCAAGAGGUGGCGACCCAGCGCGGUAUGCUGAGGCCGUGGGCAUCAAUCUGGCGGAGGAGAUGGCUCUGUUCUGGAAUACCCACCAGCGCAUCCCAGCCUCCGUCGCCCGCACGCACCUCCGCAUAUGGGCCGCCCUCGAGCCCAAAGUUGACCUUGGGAUCGACUUGGCCGAAACUGGUACCUCCGGCACGACCACCCCAGUCGAGACUGCCUUCAAGCCUGCACCUCUGACAACGGAAGACGAGCGCGCGGUCCGGUCACUCCUACUCGGCAUCGUGCUUCGCACGCUCGCGAUGCAUGCGGCGAAGGGCGCAGAGGAUGCAGAGAAGGCCACCUCGACUGCUAUUCUUGCGCGUUCGCGACAUUUCCUGCGUGAAGCUCGGGGUGCGCAUGUGCAGUUGAAUACGUGGAUACCGAGCGUAUCCGCGUUCGAGGAAGCCGUGCUUGAGUUGGAGACAGUGGAGAUCGCGGAGAAGGAGGGUAAGGAGGCCUCCUGGCAACCCGCCCUUCACGCCGCUUCUGCGCACCUUGACGCGGCUCUCGCAGCCUCGGGUAGCUCCGUUGACUUAUCAAGUCGGCUGGACAGCCGCGUCGCGAUGCUGAGAGACGAGAUCCGGGUGAAGGAGGAGAGCUUGAGGAAGUAA